AUGGUAUACAACUUAUUGUAUCAUCAAGAAAUCAAUUUUCAGGCACUAACUUUGCUUGGUGUUGCUUCGGUCGCCUUAAGCAAUGACCAUCAUGGAGUCUUAGGGCAGAAUUUGAUAAUACAUCACACACCAGAACUUUUACACGUUGGAUCUCAUACUCCUGAGCAUCAUAAAGAAUACGCAUGGACGAAUCCGUCAUAUGAGUUCUCAUACCAAGUUAAUGAUCCCCAUACUCAUGAUCAUAAAGGUCAUCAUGAAACUAGACAUGGCGAUGAAGUGAAGGGUAUGUACUGGCUUGUACAACCCGAUGGCCGUAAGCGCACCGUCAAGUAUCAUGCCGACCAGCACCGUGGAUUUAACGCCCACGUUGAAUAUUCUGAGCCUAUUUAUCAUGGUCAUCACAAAGAUCACAAACAUCAUGAAGAUCAUCAUAAAGAAGAACUGCAUCAUGUACCUGAAUCCGAACAUCAUGAAGCUGUUCAUUACAAACCUGAACCUCACUCCGAAGAUAAACAUGAGUACCAUGAAUCUGAAAAUUACCAUGAAGAGAAACACUAUGAAAAGGAACAUGAGAAACACAAACACCACGAACCCGAGUAUCAUCUUCAUGAACAUAAGGAACCAGAGCACCAUGAGCAGGAUCAUAAACAUCACGAGCAUGAGCAAGAUGAUGAAAACCAUCAAGGACAUGAAUACUAUGUUAACGAACAUUAUGGUCACCAUGGUGAACUAUUACACGUUGGAUCUCAUACUCCUGAGCAUCAUAAAGAAUACGCGUGGGCGUAUCCGUCAUAUGAGUUCUCAUACCAAGUUAAUGAUCCCCAUACUCAUGAUCAUAAAGGUCAUCAUGAAGCUAGAGAUGGCGAUGAAGUGAAGGGUAUGUACUGGCUUGUACAACCCGAUGGCCGUAAGCGCACCGUCAAGUAUCACGCCGACGAUCACCGCGGGUUUAACGCCCAUGUUGAAUAUUCUGAGCCUAUUUAUCAUGUUCAUCACAAGGAUCACAAACAUCAUGAAGAUUAUCAUAAAGAAGAACUGUAUCAUAUACCUGAAUCCGAACAUCAUGAAGUUGUUCAUUACAAACCCGAACCUCACUCCGAAGAUAAGCAUGAGUACUAUGUACCUGAAAAUCACCAUGAAGAGAAUCACUAUCAAAAGGAACAUGAGAAACACAAACACCACGAACCCGAGUAUUAUCUUCAUGAACAUAAGGAACCAGAGCACCAUGAGCAGGAUCAUAAACAUCACGAGCAUGAGCAAGAUGAUGAAAACCAUCAAGGACAUGAAUACUAUGUUAACGAACAUUAUGGUCACCAUGGUGAACUUUUACACGUUGGAUCUCAUACUCCUGAGCAUCAUAAAGAAUACGCGUGGGCGUAUCCGUCAUAUGAGUUCUCAUACCAAGUUAAUGAUCCCCAUACUCAUGAUCAUAAAGGUCAUCAUGAAACUAGACAUGGCGAUAAAGUGAAGGGUAUGUACUGGCUCGUACAACCCGAUGGCCGUAAGCGCACCGUCAAGUAUCACGCCGACGAUCACCGCGGAUUUAACGCCCACGUUGAAUAUUCUGAGCCUAUUUAUCAUGUUCAUCACAAGGAUCACAAACAUCAUGAAGAUUAUCAUAAAGAAGAACUGUAUCAUACACCUGAAUCCGACCAUCAUGAAGUUGUUCAUUACAAACCCGAACCUCACUCCGAAGAUAAGCAUGAGUACUAUGUACCUGAAAAUCACCAUGAAGAGAAACACUAUGAAAAGAAACAUGAGAAACACAAACACCACGAACCCGAGUAUCAUCUUCAUGAACAUAAGGAACCAGAGCACCAUGAGCAGGAUCAUAAACAUCACGAGCAUGAGCAAGAUGAUGAAAGCCAUCAAGGACAUGAAUACUAUGUUAACGAACAUUAUGGUCACCAUGGUGAACUUUUACACGUUGGAUCUCAUACUCCUGAGCAUCAUAAAGAAUACGCGUGGGCGUAUCCGUCAUAUGAGUUCUCAUACCAAGUUAAUGAUCCCCAUACUCAUGAUCAUAAAGGUCAUCAUGAAGCUAGACAUGGCGAUGAAGUGAAGGGUAUGUACUGGCUCGUACAACCUGAUGGCCGUAAGCGCACCGUCAAGUAUCACGCCGACGAUCACCGCGGAUUUAACGCCCACGUUGAAUAUUCUGAGCCUAUUUAUCAUGUUCAUCACAAGGAUCACAAACAUCAUGAAGAUCAUCAUAAAGAAGAACCUGAAUCCGAACAUCAUGAAGAUGUUCAUUACAAACCCGAACCUCACUCCGAAGAUAAACAUGAGUACCAUGAACCUGAAAAUCACCAUGAAGAGAAACACAAUGAUAAAGAAUAUGAGAAACACAAACACCACGAACCCGAGAAUCACCUUAAUGAACAUAAGGAACCAGAGCACCAUGAGCAGGAUCAUAAACAUCGCGAGCAUGAGCAAGAUGAUGAAAACCAUCAAGGACAUGAAUACUAUGUUAACGAACAUUAUGGUCACCAUGGUGAACUUUCACACGUUGGAUCUAAUACUCCUGAACAUCAUAAAGAAUACGCUUGGGCGUAUCCAUCAUAUGAGUUCUCGUACCAAGUUGAUGAUCCCCACACUCAUGACCAUAAAGGUCAUCAUGAAGCUAGACACGGUGAUGAAGUGAAGGGGAUGUACUGGCUCAUACAACCUGAUGGUCGUAAACGCACCGUCAAGUACCACGCCGACGAGCACAGCGGUUUUAAGGCCAACGUAGAAUAUUCUGAGCCUAUUUAUCAUGUUCAUAACAUCGAUCAUAAAGACCAUGAAGAUCAUAGUAAAGAAGAACUGCAUCAUGUACCUGUAUCAGAACAUAAUGUGGUUAUUAACCACAAACAUGAACAUAUCUCCGAAGAUAAACAUGAUGAGCACCAUGAACCUGAACUUCACCAUUUUCUUCAUGGUGACCAUGAAACAGAACAGGAAGAACAUGAAUAUAAGGAACCAGAACACUAUGAGCAGGAGCAGGAACAUCACGAACAUGAGCACCAUGAUGAAAACCAAUAUGAACAUGAAUACCAUGUUUAUAAACACCAAAAACCAGAACAUUAUGAAGCAGAACAUCAAAUAUCAGAACACCAAGCACACAAACAUGCAAAUGAUAAACAUCACGGACACGAAAUUUAUGACCACCAUGACCAGAACGACCAUUAUGUUCAUGGUAAUUAUGAUGAACAUCGUGACCGCGACGAUCGACAUCAGGGUGGUCAUAAUGAAGAGCACCGUGAACAUGACAAUCAACAUAUGCAUGAUCAUAAGCUUGAUGAUCACCAUGAACAUGUUGACAGCCAUCACCUUCCCUAUGGUCAUCGUGAAAAAAAGUACAGACAUCCAUACCCUCAUAUACCAAUUACACAUAACCUUAAAUCGCAUCGACCACACCAUGAACACAAAUAUGAUUCUCAACAUCGGCAUUGA